GAGAGAGAGAUAGAGAGAGAGAGAGAGAGAGCGCGAGAGCGCACAGCCCACUGGCUGAAAGAGAGGAUGCAUCAGAGAGCGAGAGAAACUGUGAUGAUGAUGGAGGAAGGAGAAAUGAAAAGAGAGAAGAGAGAUUCACAACACUCUCGCGAUUGAUCAGAAAGCAGGUGUUGGACCUUCAUCCACAUCAGACUGAAGUCAGAGGAGAAAUGGAUGUGCGGUAGGACUCGAUGAGCUCCAGCAUCUGACCGACCGAACUUCUGAUUCACACGAAUCUAGUCUCGAGAUCAUCGAUCAUCAGUUUUCCAUUCUAUUCCAAGCUUUGCGUGUUUCGCGGGAUCUUUUCCUCAUUUCUCGCCUUUAAAUCAGUUUGAAGCGGCAGCGCGCGAACGGAGGCUGAUCAUGAAUAUAAAACACAUCAGAUUCGUCAUAUAAUGGGGAUCGAGGACGCGAGCAUGAGGAACGGACGGGCUCUGUCCGAUCAGUGGGCCGACAGCGUGGUGGUCCGGCCCCGGACGACCGAACAGCACAUCACGGUGCAUAAGAGGCUGGUGCUGGGCUUCGCCAUCUCCAUCCUCACCCUCAUCAUCGUCACGGCCAUCGCCAUCACGCUCAGCGUCAGCUUCGAGAGAUGCGCCGCGGAGAGCAGCGGGGCUCUGGCCGCGAACGGGUCCAGCAACAGUAAGUGGAAACAGUCCCGGGACGGGAACAUCAGUCACAGGGACACAGAGGACGGCCAGCAGCCCUGGAGACAUCUGCGCUUACCGGCCACCCUGCGCCCUCGCCACUACGACCUCCGACUGUCCGUGUACAUGGAGAACUUCACCUUCUCCGGCGAGGUGAACAUUGAGUUUGAAUGCGUCAACUCCACGAAGUUGAUCGUGCUGCACACGGACCGGCUGGAGGUGGAGAAAGUGCUGGUGUAUUCGGACAGUAAGAAAGCGGGCGCCAUGAGGAUCCAGCGCCGCUUCCACUACCAGCCCAAGCAGGUGUAUGUGAUCGCGCUGCACAGAGAGAUGAAGCCCCUCAGAACAUACAAGAUCAACAUCACUUUCCACGCGCACAUCGAGCACGAGCUCUUGGGAUUCUUCCGCAGCUCGUACUUGCUCAAUGGAGAAAGAAGGUAUCUUGCGGUGACGCAGUUCUCUCCGACUCACGCUAGAAAGGCCUUCCCGUGUUUCGACGAGCCCAUCUAUAAAGCCACGUUCAGAGUGAGUCUGAAACACGAGAGCUCGUAUCAGUCGCUGUCCAACAUGCCAGUGGAGGCUUCAACGUCUGACGAGGACGGAUGGGUGACCAACCAUUUCUCCAGGACGCCCCGCAUGUCCACGUACUACCUGGCCUGGGCCGUGUGCAACUUCACCUACAGAGAAGCAGUUACAGACAAUGGAAUUGUGAUUCGGCUGUAUGCCAGGCCUGACGCCAUCCAGAGCGGAUCGGGGGACUACGCUCUGCACAUCACCAAGAGACUCCUGCAGUUUUACCAGGAUUACUUCAAAGUCAAAUAUUCCCUCCCAAAAUUAGAUCUCCUGGCAGUGCCGAAGCAUCCGUAUGCAGCCAUGGAGAACUGGGGCCUGAGUGUGUUUGUGGAGCAGAAGAUCUUGUUGGAUCCUGACGUCUCCUCCUUCUCCUAUCAGAUGGAGCUCACCAUGGUGGUGGUCCACGAGAUCUGCCAUCAGUGGUUCGGGGAUCUAGUCACACCAGUUUGGUGGGAGGAUGUUUGGCUGAAGGAAGGAUUCGCUCAUUAUUUCGAGUACAUCGGAACUGAUUUCCUCUUUCCAAAGUGGAACAUGGAGAAGCAGAGGUUUCUGACUGAUGUUCUUCAUGAGGUGAUGUUAUUGGACGGUUUGGCCAGUUCUCAUCCGAUCUCUCAGGAAGUGUUUGAAGCCACAGACAUCGAUAGAGUGUUUGACUGGAUCGCAUAUAAGAAGGGAGCCGCUCUGAUCCGUAUGCUGGCGAACGUCAUGGGACAGACGCUAUUCCAGAGAGGCCUCAAUGAUUACUUGAUGACGCACAUGUAUGGGAACGCGGCGAGAGAUGACUUGUGGAACAAAUUCUCUGAGGCCAUGCAGCGGGAGGGAAAGGACAUCAACAUCACGCAGGUCAUGGACCGCUGGACCCUGCAGAUGGGCUACCCUGUCGUCACCAUCAGCAAGAACGACAGUCUUGACAACAGUGUCUCCAUCUCCCAAGAGCACUUUGUCUAUGACACGGACGCAAAGAUCCAGAAUCCUGAGCUGUUCAACAAAAGCUUUCAGUGGCAAAUACCGCUGACGCUCGCAGUGGGAAACUCCAGUCACAUAUCAACAGACACCAUCAUCUGGGUCUCCAAUAAAACAGAGACUCACAGAGUGGGUCACAUGAGCGGCGAGACGUGGUUGCUGGGAAACAUCAAUCAAACGGGCUACUUCAGAGUGAACUACGACCUCCACAACUGGAGACUUCUCAUUCAACAGCUGAUGACCAACCCAAUGAUCAUCUCUGUGGGCAACAGGGCCGGUCUGAUUGAUGACGUCUUCAACCUGGCGAGAGCGGGGUAUUUGCCCCAAAACGUCCCCCUGCAGAUGAUCUCAUAUUUGUCUCAGGAGACUGAGUUUUUGCCCUGGCACGCUGCUAGUCGAGCUCUUUACCAGCUGGACAAACUCCUGGACCGCACUGAAGACCACAGCCUGUUCAGCGACUAUGUUCUAAGACAGGUGGAACCAAAGUAUCACAAGUUGGGCUGGCCAACCACUUCCCCUGACGGCUCCUUCAUGCAGGCGGCUUAUCAGGCCGAAGAGCUACAAAGAGAGGUGAUCAUGCUGGCCUGCAGUUUUGGAAGCAAACACUGUCACCGCCAAGCUGUGUCUCUCAUUUCAGACUGGAUUUCCAGCAACAAGAACAGGAUUCCACCUAAUGUGCGGGACAUUGUGUACUGCACAGGCGUGUCUCUGAUGGAUGAGGACGUGUGGGAGUUUAUCUGGAUGAAGUUUCACUCCUCUACAGCCAUCUCUGAGAAGAAGGUUCUUCUGGAGGCCUUGACCUGCAGUGGCAACAUCUUCCUGCUCAACAGGCUCCUGAAUCUGUCUCUCACCUCUGACCUGGUGCCGGAGCAGGAUGUGAUCGAUGUCAUCAUACAUGUGGGCCGCAAUCCGCUGGGAAGACAUUUAGCAUGGAGAUAUUUCCGUGAGAAGUGGGACAUAUUGAAUUCCAGGUAUGGAGAAGCUUUAUUUAUGAACUCAAAAUUAAUCAGCGGCGUGACAGAGUUUCUCAACACUGAGGCGGAGUUGAGUGAGCUGAAAGAGUUCAUCCUAACCAGCGGGGGAGAGUCGGCACCUGCGUUCGCUCGAGCUGUUGAGAUCGUUCAAGCUAAUGUAAAAUGGCACAUCCUGUUCCAGCAGCAGUUUUACCGAUGGCUGCGAAAAGCUCCUGAUGGUUAACACAACAUUAAGCAUGGAGCGCUCUGUUAGCAUGACAUGUCGAGGCCAGUGACGUGGGGACACCUACGUGAUAUUAAAAAUGACUUUUAUGGACUCUGAGAAGCAGCAAAACGUUUACUUCCCCUUUGAAACGACAGGGCAAGUUCCCAGAGAACAACAGUGCCGCCCUGCUGGCCAACACCCUCACUACACCAGAGACAGAAAAAUGGGGAGGAGAUGGACAACUUGUGGAAAAUAUAUGGAAGAAAUUGCAACACGUGGUAACAGAAGGACUGGAAGUCCCACUUUUAAUUCGAAAAGAGCCAGCUGAGAACGAGCAUGUGCAUUGAAUGGAUCAGGCUGAAAAAAAAAAAAUGUUUAUAACGUGAUUUGAGUUAAAUAGGCAAAUGUGUGAUUCUGCGUGUGUCCAGUUUUAUUCAUAAUGUGAAAUAGGAGUUAUUUCUAAAACAAUCUUAGUAGUUUCAGUUAUUCCCCUUUCAGGCAGAUUUAAAUUCCAUAAAAGGACUUGCAUUCUCUCCCCAAAGACUGCUGCUGUUCUCAGAUGCAACAAAAACUCUUUUUAAAGUUUAAACUUCAGUGAUAAGCUGCUCUUCACUUUUCUUGCACAAUCACACCAUUUUAUUGAUUUAUAUUUUGUACAAUAUCAAAUGAGGCCAUAUCUACCUUCAUCAAACAAACAAAUAAAUAUGACUGCAGGUCGCGAGAGGAUCAAGAACAGGGCCAUUGUCAUUUAUCAUGGACAAACACAGGCUUGUCUGAUUAAGGGUCAAUGCAAAUUAAAGGUGCCUAUAUCUCUGAUUUCUUGGGUCAGUAGUGGAUUGAAGAUGAGAUUAUACAGUGGAGAUUCUAUAAUAUUGACACAUGAUGAUUAUAUAACUUGAAGAAUAUGUAUAUACAUGUAUGUAUGUUCAUGUAUAUAUAUUUAUACAAAGUUAAAUGAUAUAUGGGUCAAAUAUGUGACGCUCUUUUUUUGUUUCAAGUUUUCUGGAAUGAAAGGGAUUGUUAAUCCAGAAAUUCUGUCAUCAUUCACUCACCCUCAUGUCAUUCCAAACUCAUAAAACUUUAAUUUAUCUUCAGUAUACAGGUGAAGAUAUAUAGAUAUAAUAGACUUUUUGUCUCACACAACCAAAGUACACAGAGGCAUCGCAAAAAUGAAUUCAUAUGAAGCGAGCAGUCUUCACAUGAAGUCUUCUGACGAGACAAGAUCGCUUUAUAUGAUAAACAGAAUUCAUGUAAGCUUUUAUUCACAUAUAAACUUUGAUCAUAGACCUCAUCAAAUAUGGUAAACACAGAAGCUCAGUCAUGUUUGCUUGACACGCAAGAACAAACUUCACUGGUUUUUGCACAUCAACAAGCACAGUUGUGUAAAUGAUGACAUUUUUCAUUUUUGGAUGAACCAUCCCUUUAAGUUAUUCAAAAGUAUAUUGAUGCAAUGAGCAGAGUACUGAACUUUUAUUGAUGAAAGUGUUCGAAUUCUGAUUUUAUUUUUUUGUGAAUAUUAAAAUAAAACAUGUCAGGGUGGUGUAACCAGUAAAUGACUGAAAUUAUUUUCAUUAUGUGUAAUGAUUAUUAUAUAUAUAUUUUUUUUUAAAUUUAAGGAAAAAAAAGUAUUAAUGUUUGGAAAAACUUUUAUCUGCCAAUUCACUGUGGUAUACCAAACAAGUAUUUUGACAAGUUAGCUCAGGUUGUCAUCAAAUGGUAUAACCUAAAGUUCAAGAAACUAUUUGGAAACAAUGAUAUAUACCAUGUAUUCUAAGUGUAAUAUAGAUUUUUUUUAUUAUUAACUGAUGGUUGUAAUGGUGCAGUGCAGGAAAAUAUUAAGGCAAGAUGCAGCAGGUCUAUUUACAAAACAAAGAAAGUAAACCAAGAUGUCACAAUAAUCCACAAGGCAAAGGUAAACGCAAAUGUAAAAGCUUUAUAUAUACACAAUGACCGACAAACUGCGGGGCUGUUUACAUGACACCGUUAUGCGUUUUGACCAUUCAUGACAACAGCUCUUUGGGGGCCUGAAAACACAAACUUUUGAAAAUUGCUUUCAAAAUGCAAGUUUUUGAAAACAAUACCAUUAUUGUCUCCAUGUUAAACAACAAAAAUGCGAAUUUGUGAAAACAGUGCCAUCAUGCGCAUGCAUGUUUUCGAGUUUAGUCUAUAGGGCGCGUAAUUUUUCUUUACAACAUGACAUCGCCAACUACUGGCCUGGCAUGAAUAAUACAGCGUUUUUAAUCGUUUUGCGGAUCCGUGUGAAUGGAGAUUGUUAUCUGUACACAGAAAAACGCAAAGGAAAAACCAAAUCUACACCGUAGACAAUAUGUGGUUACACCACUUGACAUUUUUAGAGUUUAUUUAAUUAAAAUGUUCAUUGUUUGUUUGUUUGUUGCUAAGGAUUUCAAUUCUUAGAACUUUUCUCAUGCGCUUUAAAAUAGAUUUUAAAAAGAUUUCUCCGACCCUCAUAAUUGACCCAUAUAUAGAUUUGUUUUACUCUUGGGCAGAAACAUUACUUUCAAACAAGUUUUCACAUGUACAUUUUGUAGAUAUGUUGACCUUAAUAUCCUAAAGGUAAUUUUUGUCUGUUUAUUUGUUUUGUAUGCAUUGCAGAUGUAAAUGCAAAAAUUAAGAGCUAAAAAAAAGAAAUAAGAAAAAAGAAAAUAAGCGAUCAGUGCCUUUUCUACCUCACUAUCCAUUUCCAAUUAGAAAGAGUGACAGUGCCUUGAAUAAACCUGUCAUAAACAUU